AUGACGCGUUUCCUGCUCUGUCUUGUAGCUGUCUCCUCAUCUCUCCUGACUUUGAACUCUGUGAAUAGAGGGGCAGUGUUUUUUAUCUCUGUGUUUGGCACAAGAUUCCUGGUUGAGCUUUAUCACUGCAUCGAGACUGACAUCACUUUGCCUUCCCACUGCCUUGUCAAUCCAAACAUUUGCCACUUCUGUACCCAGCACACUGCCCUCGUGAAAGCUGCACACAAAGAAGGAGGCCCAGGAGCUCAGAGAAAUCGGAGCGGAUCUGAUAAACAGGCUUUUCCUCCAAAUGCUAUCACUGCAUUUUUUUACUGCAGUUCAGUGACUAUAUUCUUCACAAUAAUCAAACUGGUCAGUUAUCGCCUACACCUCAUGUUUGAUAAAGGAGAAGUAAUUCAGCAGAGGCCCUCCGGAAAGAAAGAAAAGCCAAAUAAAGACAAAGAGGCCAACAAGGAACAUAUAACUAAUCACAAAAUUCCAAGCAGUAACAGGCAGAUUAACAAUGGCAAAAAGGAAGAGCCUCAUCGAAGCCUCUCCACGCCUCCCCUCCGCUGCAGCUCCAGAGGGCAAAGCAUAAACUCUCAUCACUCAUCUGGGCCACUGGAGUUGCCGGCACAGGAGACAGUGGAAGAUCUCAAAGGUGUCAUUCUCUCAGAAGACCAAGCGGUAGGACCAGGGUCCUCUACCUCACCUGCUGUUAAAAUGGAAAGCUCCCCUGCUUGUAAAGCGUCCGGCCCGGAAACCAGGACCGCACCAGCAGUACCCACGGAGCCAGCUGUGGCAGAACGUGGAAUCGGUGACAAAGGGAAGGAGAGAGGAGGCCAGGGGCAGCCCCCUCUCCGCCACAGAUCCGAGGGCGGCUUAGUGGAGAAGGAGGCCUUGAAGAAGUCCCCGCAGCUGUCCUUGUCUCAGUACGACCCACUAGAAACGGACGUUUCCUUCCAGCCCUGGGGCAGUGAGAAUUCCGUCCGGAGUCCGGAACCUGUGGUUUAUGCCCAGGGCUCCUUAAGGGAACAGUGGCAAAGCCGGCCAGCCGAGGACAGCCUGAGCAGCAGCGGCCCCCAGUGCAGCACGGUGAUCGCCAGAGCUGCGCGCCCGGCGCCCGGCGCCUCCGGCCGCGGGGACCCGCCGCCGACCCAGGAAGUGGACUGCUCGGACAGUGAGGUGGCUGUCACUCUUAUUGACACUUCGCAACCUGGAGACCCGCUGAGUCUGCGGGAGCCCAUUAAAAUCGUCAUCACCAUGAGCAGCAGCCCGAACUCCCUGACGGACUUGGAAAGCUCGCUCCCCCUGAAGGUGAUCGGCGCCGAGAGAGCCGGCUUGAAGUCGGACGCCGAGCCGGCUGCCCCGGGGGUGGCCAGUCCUCCCAGCCCAGAGCAGAUAAGAAUUCCUGUCAUCACCCUUGAGCUCUCCGAGGACGGGGGAGGAGGCGCUAUGUGUCCCGAAGGCAACGGAAGUGACAGGACCCCGGAGAGAUUGAUGGUGGAGGCGUCAUCCAAUCAGUGUUCUGGCUAUGAAUCCGGGGAGGGGGGAAAUGCCACAAAGGAUGGCAGUCCGUCCCCGGGAGACCGCUCUGACACAACGCCCCCCUUCACACCUCACGAGGUCCCCGAGUCUGGGGGGGGAAAGGAAGGCCAGGCUAACCUUGACCCGUCAUCCUGUAAAACUAGCCACGAAAAGAGACACACCCGGGUUCUCAGUGUGGACAGUGGGACGGAUGUCUUCCUGAGCAAAACUUCCACAGACAUGAUCAGCGAUAAAGAAAAAACAAUGCCAACUUCCAAAUCUGAUCUAGAGGCUAAGGAAGGACAGAUACCAAAUGAAUCCAACUUCCUGGAAUUUGUCUCCCUCUUAGAAUCAAUCAAUACUUCCAAGCUGGCGGCAUCCAGCCAAAGGAAUGGCCCAGGAGAGCAGGACAAAGACAGUGGGCUUCUCGGAGAUAACUGCUCCCAUGAGAAAAAGGAGGAAAUCCAAGAAAGUGAAAAGCCUAAUGGACACAGUUCCAAGCAAGGAAAACCAGACCUGCAAAGUCAAGACCACACUAGCACCAGCCCCGUGCUCACUGAGCCUGCCAAGAUCACGACCCUUUUCCAGGGCAAUAGACAAAGACAAAUAAUCUACAGAGUAACUUCCCAGCAAGAUAGUUCUGUCUUGCAAGUCAUCAGUGGGCCUGAAACAUCUGUGCAAGAUGAGAUGUCUGUGGAUGCUAUGCAUGUCUUCAUUGAUGAACAUGGGGAAAUUAGAUCCUGCUACUUAAAGUCUGGAAAUCAGAGAGAAGGCCCUUUACAGCAUCUGCCGUCAAAUUAUGGCAGUCUCUCUCAUGCUCGAGAGAUGCAGAUCAGUUCCUCCAGCACCACCACAUCCGAGAGUCAGGAUCCUUCUUCUGGAGACCCAGCGGUCAGCGCGCUUCAACAAGAGCUGCUACUCAUGGUGGCCCGGAGGACCCCGACAGAAGCCCCACGGCAUCUGAGUCAGGAUCUGGAAGACUCGUCAUGUUCUUCAACACAAGGAAAAUUUAACCGAGAGCAGUUUUACAAGUUUAUCAUUUUCCCUGGCAAGUGGAUUAAAGUGUGGUACGAUCGACUUACCUUGUUGGCGUUACUUGAUCGAACAGAAGAUGUCAAGGAAAAUGUGCUGGCAGUUCUACUCAUUGUCCUGGUUUCCCUCCUCGGAUUUCUGACAUUGAACCAAGGCUUUUGCAAGGACAUGUGGGUGCUCCUCUUCUGCCUUGUCAUGGCCAGCUGCCAGUAUUCCCUGUUAAAGAGCGUUCAGCCUGACCCCGCCUCGCCAAUCCACGGACACAACCAAAUCAUAACAUAUAGCAGACCAGUCUAUUUUUGUGUGCUGUGUGGCCUUAUUUUGCUUCUUAAUACAGGGGCCAAAGCCCGGCACCCUCCCACUUAUGUUGUCUAUGGCCUGAAGCUCUUCUCUCCAAGGUCCCUCCAGUCAGCUAGGGACCUCUUAAUAGUAUUUUUAUAUUGCUUCCCUGCAAUCUCCCUCCUUGGGCUCUUCCCGCAGAUCAACACUUUCUGCAUUUAUUUUUUGGAACAAAUUGACAUGCUGUUUUUUGGAGGUUCUGCUGUUUGUGGGAUGACAUCGGCUAUUUACAGCGUGGCCCGGAGUGCCGUGGCCACUGGCCUGCUCCACGCAUUCUGCUUCAGCGCCGUGAAGGAACCGUGGAGCACACAGCACAUCCCGGCGCUGUUUUCAGCCUUCUGUGGCCUCUUGGUUGCUCUUUCCUACCAUCUGAGCAGGCAGAGUAGUGACCCCUCUGUGCUCCUGUCCUUUAUUCAUUGUAGAUUGCUUCCUAAAUGUUUACAUCAAAACCUGGAAGAACUGGCCGCAGACCCUCUCCCCAAGAAGAUGAAAGACUCAGUGAAGGAUAUCUUAAAAUCGGAUCUCGUUAUCUGCUCGGGGGCUGCUGUUCUGUCAUUUGCAGUCAGUGCCAGCACCGUGUUCCUGUCCUUGCGACCAUUUCUCAGUGUUGUGCUGUUUGCCCUGGCUGGCUCGGUGGGAUUUGUGACCCAUUAUAUGCUCCCUCAGCUCCGCAAGCACCAUCCAUGGAUGUGGAUUUCACACCCUGUUCUUAAAAACAGAGAGUAUCAGCAACGGGAAGUGAGAGAUGUCGCCCAUUUAAUGUGGUUUGAAAGACUCUAUGUUUGGCUUCAGUGUUUUGAAAAAUAUAUCUUGUAUCCAGCAAUAAUUUUGAAUGCCCUCACUAUUGAUGCAUUUUCAAUCAGCAAUUACCGGAGACUUGGUACCCACUGGGACAUUUUCCUGAUGAUUGUGGCCGGCAUGAAGCUGCUGCGGACCUCUUUCUGUAACCCAGCUCACCAGUUUAUUCACUUGGGCUUCACUGUGAUCUUUUUCCAUUUUGACUACAAAGAUAUUUCAGAGAGUUUUUUACUGGAUUUCUUCAUGGUGUCCAUUUUAUUUAGCAAGCUCGGGGACCUGCUUCACAAGUUACAGUUCGUCCUGACGUACGUGGCUCCUUGGCAGAUGGCGUGGGGUUCUUCAUUUCAUGUGUUUGCUCAGCUCUUUGCCGUCCCUCAUUCCGCCAUACUUUUCUUUCAGACGAUUGUCACCUCCAUCUUCUCUACUCCACUGAGCCCGUUCCUCGGGAGUGUUAUUUUCAUCACCUCCUAUGUUAGACCAGUGAAAUUCUGGGAGAAAAACUACAACACACGGCGCGUGGAUAAUUCCAACACGAGACUGGUGGUCCAAAUUGAAAAGGAUCCAGGGAAUGAUGACAACAAUCUUAAUUCCAUCUUUUAUGAGCACCUGACAAGGGCCCUGCAGGAGUCCCUGUGUGGAGACUUAGUUCUUGGUCGGUGGGGUAACUACAGCUCUGGCGAUUGCUUUAUUUUGGCCUCCGACUACCUCAACGCUUUUGUUCACCUGAUUGAAAUUGGAAAUGGUCUUGUCACCUUUCAGCUUCGAGGACUGGAAUUUCGAGGAACCUACUGUCAGCAGAGGGAGGUCGAGGCCAUCAUGGAAGGUGACGAGGAGGACAGAGGCUGUUGUUGCUGCAAACCGGGCCAUCUGCCGCACCUCUUGUCCUGCAAUGCUGCAUUUCACCUCCGCUGGCUCACCUGGGAGAUCACCCGGACACAGUACAUCCUGGAGGGCUACAGCAUCAUAGACAACAAUGCAGCCACCAUGCUGCAGGUGUUUGACCUCCGAAGGAUCCUCAUCCGGUACUACAUCAAGAGUAUAAUAUACUAUAUGGUAACGUCCCCCAAACUUCUCUCCUGGAUCAAAAACGAAUCCCUUCUGAAGUCUCUGCAGCCCUUUGCCAAGUGGCAUUAUAUCGAGCGUGACCUUGCCAUGUUCAACAUUAACGUUGAUGAUGACUACGUCCCGUGUCUCCAGGGGAUAACCCGUGCCAGCUACUGUAAUGUUUAUCUAGAAUGGAUUCAGUACUGUGCACGGAAGAGACAAGAGCCCUCCAAGAACCUGGACAGCGAUGAGGACUCUCCUUUAGUGACCCUGUCCUUUGCCUUGUGCAUCCUGGGGAGGAGAGCUCUGGGAACGGCAGCCCACAACAUGGCUCUCAGCCUGGAUUCUUUCCUGUAUGGCCUUCACGCCCUCUUCAAAGGUGACUUCAGAAUCACCGCACGAGAUGAGUGGGUAUUUGCCGACAUGGACCUUCUGCAUAAGGUUGUUGCUCCAGCCAUCAGGAUGUCCCUGAAGCUUCACCAGGACCAGUUCACCUGCCCCGACGAGUAUGAAGACCCAGGGGUCCUCUAUGAGGCCAUCCAAUCCUUCGAGAAGAAAGUAGUGAUCUGCCACGAGGGUGACCCAGCCUGGAGGGGCGCCGUGCUGUCCAACAAGGAGGAGCUGCUCACCCUGCGGCACGUGGUAGAUGAGGGCACACAUGAGUACAAGGUCAUCAUGCUCCACAGGAGCUUCCUGAGCUUCAAGGUUAUCAAGGUUAACAAAGAAUGUGUCCGUGGCCUCUGGGCCGGGCAGCAGCAAGAGCUCAUAUUCCUUCGCAACCGCAACCCAGAGCGUGGAAGCAUCCAGAACAACAAGCAGGUCCUCCGAAACUUGAUUAAUUCCUCCUGUGACCAGCCUCUGGGGUACCCCAUGUACGUCUCCCCACUAACCACGUCCUACCUAGGGACCCACAGGCAGCUGCAGAGUGUCUGGAGCGGCCCCGUCACUUUGGACGACAUCAGGACGUGGUUCCGAACCAAGUGGUUAAGGGUGCGCAAGGGCUGUGAUUCUGGCCAGCCAGGCGCCGGCAACAUUGAAGACGUGGAUGGGAGGGCUGCCCCCUCUGCAGGCGGCGGCCGCGCUCCGGGCGGCGAGAACCAGGAGAGCAGCAUGGAACAGCCAGGAAAAGAUGGGACCCACCACUGGCCGCCCCGUGAAGGGACACAGAAGACAGGAAGGGAAGAAGGCAGAAGCCAGUCUGUCCAGGCCCCUGGGGCGUUAUGCCAAAGGCCGGCCCCGCUGAGCUCGUCCGGCCCGAUCCUAGAAAGCCACCAGCCCUUCCUGCAGACAUCCACGUCGGUCCACGAGUUGGCCCAGAGGCUCUCGGGCAGCCGGCUCUCCCUACACGCCUCGGCCGCGUCCCUGCACUCGCAGCCCCCGCCCGUCACCACCACGGGCCACCUGAGCGUCCGCGAGCGGGCCGAGGCGCUGAUCAGGUCCAGCCUGGGCUCGUCCACCAGCUCUACCCUGAGCUUCCUCUUCGGCAAGAGGAGCUUCUCCAGUGCCCUGGUCAUUUCUGGACUCUCUGCUGCGGAGGGGGGCAACACCAGUGACACCCAGUCGUCCAGCAGCGUCAACAUCGUCAUGGGCCCCUCGGCCCGGGCCGCCAGCCAGGCCACACGGCACUUCUCUGAGCCGUGUGAACCCACCGAGGCCACCGAGCAGGGGCAGCAUUGUGACCGCCGUCCGGCUGGGGCCGUGGCAGAGAACGGGGAACUGCUGUGCAGGAGAGCCAGCCAGGAGGACAUGGGCCUGGACGACACGGCCUCCCAGCAGAGUGCUUCGGAUGAGCAGUAG